GUUAUGAUUGAUUCUCAACCAAAUUAAGUUGCAUUAUUCAUCGAACCAAACAAGAUUUUGAUCUAUCACCUGUUUUUUAAUUGGUUUAUAAUAAUAUACACCUGUUUUUUUAUCUAGUUUCAUCGUCUUAUUACUACAUAAAUCUAAGCAUUCAAGAAUCAUUUGCAGGAAUCAUAAAAAGAAAGAUAUCUCGGCAAUGAAUACUAUAGGGGCUGUAUUGGCGAGAUCCAGCUCCGAAUGAAGGGGGAAUAUGGGUAUUAAGAAAAGGGAUCUCCCAGGAGUCUAAAACCAGCCGGUCCAGCCCGAUGUCAAGGUUUCAUUGGAUCUUGAUUGUCAUUUGCCCAGCAUUUGAUAAAGGCUUCGUAUUUAACUCUAUUCCAAGUGGAUCUAGGUUUGCCAUACAAAAAGACUUGGGAAUAGCGUAUAGAGUUGCUUCUACACAAAAUGGUGGUGGAAAGUCAAUCAAGUGGCAUGAUAUCACGUGUGCGAGACAACUUCGGAGUACCGAAUGUGGAUAUUAUGUCAUGCGAUAUAUGUGGGAAGUAGUUUUUUAUCAAGGUAGCAUUGACAUCGGAAAGGAUUGGUCACCAAGAAGUGAAGCGUAUACCGUUGAAGAGUUUAACAAUAUUCGUGAUAUAUGGGCAAGGUUCUUUUUAAUUAGAUGUAGUUAUAAAUAUGUAGAUUAGAUACAAUUCUUUUAUUUAAGAUUGUAAUUUAAACUUUGCUUUUGUCAUUUCAUAGUUUGGAAGUGUCGCUUUAAUUUGUCUUUGAUGUAACAAAACAAUGAUGUAUGUUUGUAUUUUGUUAAACAUGUAGUGUGUUAGAAUGCUAGUAACAAUGCA